UAAAAAAGUAUUAACGAAGGUGAACAAUAUCACCAACAUUCACUUUAACGGGGCGGUGCAGACCGUGCACCUCGCCCCUGUUGCGCCUGUGGCACCGCCGGCCGAGACCGCCACCGCCGCGCGCCAUCCGCCGACGACGCGAAAGGCGCCCAAACGUCGAUGUUAUAGGUGCAACCGUACCGGCCACGCCAUCCGGCAAUGCCUCGCCCCCAGAACAACAAGGAGGAAUCCGUGGACACCAGCCGUAGGACGUGGGGGUUCGUCGUCGACGUCCAUGACGGUGAGGCCGCCGCGGAGUCGGCGUGCAAAGUCGAGGACAGGCACACCGACUCCCGAACUCCAGCCACUCGGAACGUCGACGCCGAUGGGAUCACCCCCCACGUUCUAUGAAUCGAUGACGACGGCUGGUGGUUCGUGUCUGUCGGCAAUAACCGCGUUGGAAGACCUCUUAAUAUUAAGCCAGUAAGUUGUCAAUUGGUUAAUGUUUUUAUAAUGGUAUUAUGCUAACAAUAUUUUUUACUUUAAUAUUUUUCAGAUC